UUUAUUUAUCUUUAAACCAAUCAGAACGCUUCGAAAAGUCUUACUAUCUUAAUUUGAAGACUUGGGAUUGGCUGACAAAUGCAGCAGAAAUAAACAGAACCACCGGUUACGAGUUGAGUCCAGCAGAAGUAUGAGGCGUGUCUGCAUUCGUAUGAACCGACGCUGUGCAAGAGAGAGCGCUGCGACUGGAAGGAAACGGGGCCCCGAAGAAGAAAAGUCGAGAGGACAGGCCAGUGCCACACCGGUGUCUUUAGCUAAGAUUUCCUUGCUCGUAAGUUAUAUCUUCACCUUCACCUAAAUUCACAAGUCGAUCGAACCAGAAUUCGAAGCCUUUUCGGCAAUUUCUACGGGUCGACGCAUGGACUCGGUCAAGCUGCGUGUCCGGUUGCUGCUAGGAACAGUGGCGCUGGGCUAUGCCGUCAUCUUCGUGCUCUGCGUUUGGCUCGUCGUCUACAUGCGAUAUCAUCGGUCUGGAGCGUUACGAGGAGACACUAGAGCGGCGCGUAGAAUACUGCUACCUGCCUUUCAACCGCUACUGUGGCUACUUACUGCAGUAUCUUUGCUGUAUACGAUCGGCUUCUCUUUAUUGCUGGUGUUGGGACCGGGUUUUGGAGGUUAUGGACGAGUAAAAACCGAGACCUACUACAGCGGACGACUCUUUAUGAUUGCAUUACCGGUGCUGUAUCUUCAGCAGCGAGCGGUGACAUUGAGAGCGCUAGGGCGAGCGUCGCUGCUUGCGUUAUUACUGGCGACGUAUAACAUCCCGAUUAUAUGGCUGAUGGACAAAGUCGGGGACGCAAAGACAACACAUUAUGUCACGAUAGUUACAGGAGCUUUCCCCUUAUUUUUAUUAAGCUGGGUGUGUUUAAGGCAUUCGGAGAGAGCUAGCCAGAAGACAUUACGCGAGUAUGCGGCGUUUGUGGUGAUCUACUACGUAUUAAGACUGACGUAUGCCCAAUUGUUUUACCUGGGUGAUAAAUUCAGAGACGUCACGUUCACGGUGACUCUAGUCAGUGUUUUCUGGGGAUCUUUAGUACCUGUGGUGAUCUGGCGAGUACUCAAGGCAGACACAGCUCAUUGGAGGGGUCUUGGAAGGCGUGCAGUGCAUCUUCAAUCGCUUUUUCGACAAAAGUAUCAUUACCUCCACGAGCGCGUAUCAUCUCGAGGACUUCAUUUGCUCAUUGAAAUGCACCGGAAACAGAUUAUUGACUUCGCGUAUCUCGCUUUGGAGCGAAAGAUCGGCGCAGGUACGAGUGCAGUAGUUUUCCAGGGGAAAUUACGCAACGACAUCCCAGUCGCAGUUAAAGUCUACACGCCCCGCGUACUUACAGAAGACGUUGUGGCCGAGUUCUCACACGAGGCAGCGUUAUGCGGCGCUCUUCACCACCCUAAUGUCGUCCGAUUCUACGGCAUGUGUGUGAGUCCACCCACGGUUUGUCUUAUCUCGGAAUUGUGUAAAGCCUCACUCGAAGAUGUCACGCGUGCCAGUGCAAGGCGGAGGCUGCUAUGCCGGCAAAUCCAAGAAGAACAAGAUAUAACUCCUCAAAAUCAACUGCAGCGCCAACAACUUCUGAUUGAUCUCAACUUCAUGAUAGAUGCCACUCGGGCUGUCGUUUAUAUGCACAGCUUCACACCAGCUUUCCUGCAUCGAGAUCUCAAGCCAUCGAACUUUUUGGUCGAUGACUUUGGCACCUGUAAACUGACGGACUUUGGGGAAUCUCGCAGCGUUCCGACAAUACAGAAAGGUGGCCAUCUGAAGCCUCAAACUGAAGACUGCGCGACGACAGCAUCAACAUCGGCCACCGUGUUCUUUGGCGAGCCUUACAUGGGAAUGCAGACGCCGACUACCUCAGCACAAUUUGUGCCUCCGCCUGUUUCGCUAAGACCUUCAUUGCGUGACCGUGGACGAAGUGCCAUGACUGUCCGUGGCACAGCGGACUAUAUGGCUCCAGAGCUGAUUGAAGGCAAGGCUGGCACUGCUGUUUACGGAGAGGCCGCUGACGUCUACUCACUUGCUAUCACGUUGUGGGAUAUCGCGAAUCCUCUUGUUCCCAAGUACCCGGAGGCAACACGAAGUCAUCUUCAAGUAUUCGACAGUGUUCUCAAUGGUGAACGACCUCCACUCAGUCCGUCGCUACAUCCUGAAUUGCGUCGAUUGCUUACAGAUGCCUGGCACCAGCAACCGGAGCGUCGACCGUCCGCCACGUACAUCCUCACUGCAUUAGAAACGCUUCAGCAAGAGGUUAGCGCCCAGACGGCGAUGGGACUUGUUACAGUGCUUGAGCGUUCCCAAGCACCAUCUAUGGUUAACGGCCAGGUUCUCAUGCAGCGUAUGCUUGAGGUCGGCUAUGUGGACUUAGCUUCAGAGGCUUAUCGCAUGGGGAACUCGUUGAUGAGUGCUGGUUUCCUGCACCAUUCGAAACACCAGGAAUCUUUCCGCAAAACGUCCGAACUGUUCUACUUUGACUCUGAUGUCUUGGAAUUGUACGCUCCAGCCUCACCGUCAAGCCCUCUAAGUACCAACUUCACUGACGAAGGGUUGAACAGCGGUCGCCAUCAUCAUCGUUCAAACCAACAGCGUCGUCGAGCGACAGAUUCUCCCAUUGCGACGCGCUGCUUCUCGCCACCUGUUGUAAAGAAGCGAAGCUCGACGACUGCAUGUCAUCGAGCUAGUACUGAGAUUCCUGCUUGUGCCUGUCGGAAACUCGGCCGCGGUUUUGGUAGCAAGGAACGCAAGCAGAAACAUCGAUUCCGGAGACACAACAAAUGGUUCGCUAUAAUGGAGGAAAGGGUCUCAACUGGGAAAUUGCGCCCACACGAUGCCGGUUUACAACCAUCUCUAGCGGAGACGGACGAAUUUGAGUAUUACGGAACUAGUGCUAAUUGGGAAGACAUGGAGUCCGGUGAAACUACGUGUAUGAAUGCCUCGGACGCGAACAGCAUUGACGAGAACUUGGAAAUCGAUCUCAACGACACUGAAAGCACCGCCAACUUGACUUUCGACCGGUCCCCCUGCUCAUCAGUCGUCAUCAUUUAGAAAUAGUAGUAGAAGGUGAAUGCGUCGCUUAUUUAACAUGUAGACUUAAAAGGACGUCCUACAAGUAUGUUCACUGUAUCCACCGACAAAUAAUU